GUUCAUCCGGCCCCCGUGCAAGAACAGCCCCUGCCAAUGCAACUGUGCUGGCUGCCCAUGGAGUUCUAGGCGGGAAGCAGCAGGUAGAGGCGUGCCAUGGAUUGCCCCAUCAAGGAGGCGCUGUCGGUGGUAAGCGAGGACCAGUCGAUAUUUGACCCAUCCUUCGGCGCCCCACAGCUCUUGAAGACAGAGCUGCCCUCAGUGGACGACUACGGCGGCAAAGAAGGUCUCGGCUUGGAGGACCCUCAGUGGUCAACCCCGAACAACAGAGGCCAUGUGGUCAAGCAGGAGAAUGAGCAGGUCAACUGCUCCAGCAGGCAGUCGCCUGUCGACUGUAGCGUCACCCGGAGGAACAAAGCAGGAGGUGCCGUGGACCCUUCUGAGAUAUCGUACCCCGGUGGCUACAACAACCCGCGCAACAGCCCCCCAGCCAACGCCCCCAGCGAGGAGAAAAGGGUCAUCGUCCCCGCAGACCCCGGCGUCUGGACCCACGAGCACGUCCGCCAGUGGCUAGACUGGGCCGUGAAGGAGUACAGCCUGCUGGACGUGGACCAUGCCCUCUUCCACCACGUGGACGGCAAGGAGCUGUGCAAGCUGGGGAAGGAAGGCUUCCUGCGGCUCACCACGCCGUACAACGCGGACAUCUUGCUGUCUCACCUGUCGUACCUACGCCAGAGCAGCCCCACCUUUACAUAUCCAUCAUCGCCGGUAAUCACCCAACAGCCACCCCCACCGCCACCGAGGGCACAAGUCAAAACCGAGUCUCCCUACGAGGAAAUCCGGCGGAGCAGCUGGAGCGGAGGCCCAAUCAGCACCACUCCUAAAGGCUCCCCGUCACAGAUCCCGAACGUGGGCCGGACUCCGGAUUCGACACGCGUCGCGCCAGAUCCAUACCAGGUCCUGGGACCCACCAGCAGCCGCUUGGCCAACCCAGGCAGCGGGCAGAUCCAGCUGUGGCAGUUCCUCCUGGAGCUGCUGUCGGACAGCAACAACGCCAACUGCAUCACCUGGGAAGGGACCAAUGGCGAGUUUAAGAUGACGGACCCCGACGAGGUGGCGCGGAGGUGGGGCGAGCGCAAGAGCAAGCCCAACAUGAACUACGACAAGCUGAGCCGGGCCCUGCGCUACUACUACGACAAGAGCAUCAUGACCAAGGUGCACGGCAAGCGGUACGCCUACAAGUUCGACUUCCAGGGCAUCAACCAGGCCCAGCAGGGGCAGCCGGGGGAGCCCCCCCUGUACAAGUACCACCCCACGGACCUGCCCUACCUGCCCUCUUACCACCAGCAGAAAGUGAGCUUCAACCUCGGCCACGCCGGGCAGAUGCCCGCCUCCUCCGCCGGCUUUUUCGGGGCGCCCUCCCCUUACUGGAAUUCCGGCAGCGGGAACCUGUACCCGAACCCCCCUGUGCCCAGGCAGGCCGGCAACCACCUGAGCUCUUUCUAUUAG